AUGGGCUACAAAGCGAAGCAGAACAGAACAGUGAACAAAAAUACAUCCCUCCCUGAUACGCUCAAUGCAUCUUAUGCUUGUUUCGAACAGAAGGUCAGUGAAAUGGUGUCACCUGCCCCGACAGCCUCGGAGGCACCUGUUCCCUCCGUCACUGCUGCAGACAUCAGAUCGGCCUUUUUGAGAGUGAACACACAGAAAGCGGCUUACCCAGAUGGAGUCCCUGGCUAUACACCAGGUGGCUCUGGAGCUACAGCUGUGGUUCAGGCUGCUUACUGUAUCCCGAAGAAAGAGCGAGUUGCAAUCAAACGCAUCAACCUGGAAAAAUGUCAGACUAGUAUGGACGAACUCCUGAAAGAAAUUCAAGCAAUGAGUCAGUGCCAUCACCGGAACAUUGUGUCAUAUUACACCUCAUUUGUGGUAAAGGAUGAACUAUGGCUGGUGAUGAAGUUGCUCAGUGGUGGAUCCGUGCUCGAUAUCAUUAAACAUGUAGUAGCGAGAGGGGAUCACAAGAAUGGUGUUUUGGAGGAGGCAGUUAUAGCCACUAUUCUGAAAGAAGUACUGGAGGGACUUGAUUACUUGCAUAAAAAUGGGCAGAUUCACAGAGACUUGAAGGCAGGAAACAUUCUCCUCGGGGAGGAAGGCUCAGUACAAAUUGCAGAUUUUGGUGUAAGUGCAUUUUUGGCAACAGGAGGUGACAUGACCAGGAAUAAAGUCAGGAAGACUUUUGUGGGCACACCUUGCUGGAUGGCACCUGAAGUUAUGGAGCAGGUUAGAGGCUAUGACUUCAAAGCAGACAUUUGGAGUUUUGGAAUUACAGCCAUCGAACUAGCUACAGGAGCAGCUCCUUAUCAUAAAUACCCACCAAUGAAGGUUUUAAUGUUGACUCUUCAGAAUGAUCCUCCCUCAUUGGAGACAGGUGUACAGGAUAAGGAAAUGGUCAAAAAGUAUGGGAAGUCCUUUAGGAAGAUGAUUUCACAAUGUCUGCAGAAAGACCCAGAGAAAAGGCCUACAGCAGCAGAAUUUUUAAAGCACAAGUUUUUCCAAAAAGCUAAGAACAAGGAAUACCUUGAAGAGAAGUUGUUAGCUCGUGCACCUACGAUAGCUGAAAGAUCAAAAAAGGUGAGGAGGGUUCCAGGUUCUAGUGGUCGACUACACAAAACAGAAGAUGGCGGCUGGGAAUGGAGCGAUGAUGAGUUAGAUGAAGAGAGUGAAGAGGGAAAGGCUGCAGUCUCUCAGUUGCGGUCCCCCCGGGUGAAAGAGUCUACACAGGGUCCAGAUAUUUUCGCACCAGCAGAAAUACCAGGUUCAAAUAUUCAGACUUCUGGACAAGUCCAGCAACAGCUACCUCAGCCAACACCAAAAGUACCUGCAACGACUCAAGCUAAUCAAUUGCCAGUUAAUCAGCCUUCAGAAAUACCAGUCCCAACACCAGCAGCUGUACCAGAUCCCAGCCCACAGUCUGCAGCCCAGCAUCAACUACCAGCAUCCCAGCUUGUUCCUGGUUCUGCUGCUCCGGAUUUGCACCAAACACCCAUCAGCCUUGUGUUAAGAUUACGGAAUUUGAAGAAGGAGCUGAAUGACAUAAGAUUUGAAUUUACUCCGGGUAGAGAUACAGCAGAUGGUGUUUCCCAGGAACUUGUGUCUGCAGGUCUGGUUGAUGGAAAAGAUGUAGUAAUAGUUGCAGCAAAUCUACAAAAAAUAGUGGAUGAACCAGCUGCAAAUAGAUCUGUCACUUUCAAAUUGGCUUCUGGUGUUGAAGAAUCAGAUAUUCCCGAUGAUGUUAAACUCAUAGGAUUUGCACAACUCACCAUUAGUUAAGUCACACUACAACCAAUAAAAACCUGCUGACCCCAUCUGUGAAAUAGGUAUCUCACUGGUGUUGGCCUGAGGAAACUUGUACUGCCAAAGAGUGAUGACAUUUGCCCGUAGAACUUGCAGCAUUUAAUCCACUGCCCCCCUUACCCUAUAACAAGGAUCUCCAAAUAGAAAGUGAAUUGAGCAUUUGCUUGCAGUAUAAGUGAAUUGAGCAUUUGCUUGCAGUAUCCUAACAACAGAACAAUCAUCAAGAGCUUUCCAGAACGUUCCGGCUUGCAGAUUUUCCACAUGAUGCAGGGUGCUUGCUGUAGGUGACUACAGAAUUGUCAGCUCUCAUCUGCUAUUUUCCUCCUCCACACCCCUUUUUAAAAUUGCCUUAUUUUUUGACGGAACUUUACUGAUCAGUUAUUAAAAAUCUCUUCCCAUUGGUACUCAAUGAGACCUAAUGUAGCACAUUGAAAAAUUGUGUUGUUUCAGUAACUUGUCUUUAAUUUGUGAUCAGUUUACUUUAAUCACACAAUUUACAAAGAUUAAAAUGAACACUGAGCAAUACUUACAUUUUUAAAAGUGCAGUUUUGAAUUGUACUUUCCAAAGGGCUGCAGCCCAAAAACAAUGGGCUGCACUUCUUUCUUUUUUCUUGUUUGCGCUUACUGUGCGCUAGAGCUACCCGGGCGCAUCAUUAACUGCCUUUUGACAUGAUCUAAAGUAGUUUUUUUGUUUAUGUGGAAACAGUAAACCAGAAUAUAAAUAUAAAUAUUGAGGAAAAAAAUCCAAGGGUGAAGCCUUUUCCUUUUUUCAUUUAUAUAAUAUAAAAGUAUUAUGGCACAAUCUGUAGCCUACCUUUAUAAUCUGCAAAUGGAGUGUGCAUGUAAACAAAAAAAAUUACACAGCAAUUGGUUUAGUCUUUGCCUGGUACCAAUGUGAGAAGUCGGCGUUAAGAGGUUUUUUUUUUGAACUGUCAGAUCUUUUAGUACAAAAAUAAAUUUAAAAAUUGCAGCUGCUGAACAGCCAGUUGUAUCUUAUAAUUCUCUUUGUAGAUUACGAGAGUUGUUCUGUUUAGAUUUCUGCAUACGUCUCUAGUUUCAAGUAAGAUCGUGUUGAAUUUGUUAAACUUGCUUCUUGGAGCUCACAUUUGGUUUGCAAAAUGAAAAUAAUGACACAUCACUUUGAAUAAGCUCCAGCAACAAUAUUGUGCAAUCUCUUUCUACUAUUCUGAUAUACAAAGAGUCGCAUUUAAGCCAAUACACUUAAAAACUGUGCUAAUUAUCCAGUGUGAUCCUCUUAAUUCAUUUUAAAGCAGUUUUUGAUCAUCAGUGACAGAACUGUAAAUGUCACGCCAGUGCUAGACUAUCUCAAACGUUCCCAAAUUAGAGCAGAAUGUAGAAUUGAUUUUUUUUUUGAGAAAUCCUUUAGACAUGAGUUGAGAAUUUUGCAUGCCCACCAUCCAUGCUUUAUCAAAGUUUUACUGAGAACACUAUCUUGAAUGCAACAAAUUAGCCUUGCGAUAGUAAUUGGAUGACAAAUGCAAUAGAAACCCCACAACAGUUAUGAGCAAUCUUAGGUGAAUGGCGAUAGGGUGUGGAGGUAGUGCUGGUGGUGGCAGGUGGGAAGGGUGGUUUGUGUUGCCUUGCAUAACACUUUGGAGAUUAGUUGCCUUGUUUGUACAUUUUGGGAAGGAGCUGAGAUUCCCACUUUCAAUGCAUGUCAUAGUUCAGUGUGUGUCAAAACAAAAAUCUAAAAUUCAUCAACCUUUGCCUUUGAAAGGUAUUAAAUUUUUUCUAAGGAGAUUUAUUCCUUCCUCCCUAUCCCAUCAAUCUACAAUCAUUAACACACCCAGGGGACUCCUGAUCUACCCUAUGCAGCACUAUGUCAGCCACCACAAAAGCAAUGCUAUCAACACUCAAAAAUAACAAUGUGCUUAUAACUUAUAAAAUACUUAAAGUUGAGGAGGACCUUUUGCCUGUAUUAAUUCACCAUAGAGAAAGAUCCUACAGUUUCCUGUACCAAUAGCUUAAUCUAAUUUAUUUCUUAAUUGACUCCAAGGUAUUCACCAUUAUAUCUGAAAUGCUAUUCAACUGUCGAUCACUGUGAGGAAUUAUUUUCUGAUGUGAGUUCUAAAUUAACCUUUCACUAGUUGACCUGUGUCCUUUGUCCUAUUGUCAAUUUAAGCAGUAUUCCCCACUAACGUUUUUUAAUCCUUUAGCUAUCUUGGAAACUGCUGUAAAGUUAUCUUUCUUUCCCGACUGAAAGUCGACAAGUGCAAAUUGAAACCCAGAAUUGUCCGGCAGCUGUGUUCGUGAGCUGUGGUACACCUGCCUGCGAUGGACAUAAAUCUGAUGUCACAGAUCCCAGUUUGAAAGCUCACACCAGGAAGAAAAUAUUUAUGGAAGACUAACUGGAGCCACAUAAUCACAUAGUUAGAUUGGUUAGACUUGCAGUGGUUUUUAACUACCUUUGAAAAAUAAUCAACUUGAUAUUUGAAGAGAUGCCUGUAAGAGGCAUGUACUUUUUGAAAUAACUGCACUUGAACUAAUUGUAUUACUGUGUAAAUACUGCAAUUUUUUUAUAAUUUUAAAAUUACUGAGUCUUUCACUAUUGGCCUUGGUAUCCAUUUACUGGCUUUUUGAAUGAUUUCAGAACAUGAAUUCUGGCUUUGGUAGAGAACCUGUUUCAAUUUGUCUUCCAGCACAUGGGAAUUAUAGGAUCUUUUACAUGACCCACUUGCAUGAUUUUUAACUACUUCCUCUUUUUUUUUUACUAAGUUUGUAUAGACAUAGCAUUAGUUACUUUAGUAAUAUAUACCUAUUAACUGGGACUGAGGACUGCUGUCACUAGGGCUAACUCACAACCCGGUAUCAUGCUGAUUGUAACACAACGGAGGUGUAAUAUAUCGUGAUCACUUUUUUUCCAACAUGAUUGUGUUUUCGAUCUGUUGCAUGGUUUUGCUAAUUCCUUUUAAUCAAUAAACAGAAAACUGUC